AUGAAAUAUCAAUCUAUCCAUAUAACACGUGAUUCUAAUCUGGAAAUAUUUAAACAAAUUAAUAUUCCAUCUUUAAAUCAUAUUACAUUAUAUACAAUUGAUUUUAUUAUGUGUAUUCUUGAACAUCAUCAUUUUCCAUUAGCGAAUAUAUUUCUUGCAUUAGAAAAUGCAAAAUUAGCUCAAAUAUAUGCAUCUGAUCUUUCAUUCUGGUUUACAAUCGAUAAUGAAUUAAUAUUAACAUCGGACAAUUCAAUAAAAUUAAAUAAUUCUCCAAUUCAUACAUCAUUCGAAGAUAAACAAUCAUUAUCGAUGGCUAAACGUCUUCCAUUUUCUAAUCGACUUAUAAGUCCAACAUAA